AUGAGUCAUAGACGUCCACCCCCUCUAUUUCCUGCUUAUGCAAAGGGGUCUCCUCCUCCACCUCCACCUCCUCAAUUAGCUUUACCUAUUCAACCUCCUCCUCCUCCUACUCCACCCGUGGAAGAUACAAGGAGUAGUUCCCUACCACCUCCUCCUCCACCCCCUUCUACCUCGUCAGAUGAUCAUCUUCCACCACCACCACCUCCUCCUCCUCCACCUAUAGAAGAUCCAACAAAUAGUAGUACUACUCUACAUCCACCUCCACCUGUACCUCUUGAUUAUAAAAGGAAAACAGCAGCUGAUUUCUUCUUUUCAACUGCUUCCUCUGCCUCUACUUCUUCAUCUUCUUUAUCUGAAGAACUACCUCCUCCUCCUCCACCACCACCUCCAUCUGUACCUCUUGAUCCAAAGGAAGCAGAAGAAAAAAGACUACUAGAAAGAAAAAAGAGAAUAGAGCAAGCAUUGAUAUCAUAUCAAAGAGAUGCAAGUAGUAGUAGUGAAGAAGACGAUACAAGUGAUGACGAUGAUGAAAAGAAGAAGAAAAGAAAGAAAAAGGAUAAAAAGAAGAGUAAAAAGAAACAUAAAAAGUUAAAAGGGGAAGAUACUAAAUUAUCUAUAUCAUAUUAUGAUGAUAAGGGAUAUGUAACAGACUAUAAAGGAGACAGAUCAUUAUUGAUCAAUGAUAUGAUACCAAAGGAUAAGUUGGCAUCCUACAAACAAGACCGUUCAAGUGUAUUGGGUUUGGAUGGAUACUCGUUGGUGUUUAACAAACAUAAAGGAUUGGUUUUGGAACCAACCGAUUCAAUUGGUUAUACAGGUCUAACAAGAUAUUGGUCAAAGUUACAAAAUAACAACAACUCAAAGUCGUCGGUUGUAUCAACCAUCAAGAUUACUCCAUCCCUAUUGUCAACCGAUCCAUUUACAAAGAAUCAAGAUUAUAUUGUAUUUCCAAAAGAUCAAAAGGAUGAUGAUAAUGCAUUAUUGGAUGAUAAUAGUAAUAGUAAUUCAGAUUUAGUUUUAAAAAGAAAUGCAGAGUUGAAUGAAAUGGUUUCAAAGGAUCCACACAAUGUAAAGCUUUGGUUAGAGUUGGCUGAAUUUCAAGACGAGUUUGAUAUCUUUAAUUUCCUUGGUAGUCGUAGACAAAGGGCUGGUGUGGUGAGCAAGGCAAGACGUGCAAUCAUUGAGAAAAAGAUUGCGAUUCUGCGAAGGGCGUUGACUGAGAAUCCGCAGUCUGAGCGCUUGACAAUCGCCUAUCUCCACACAGCUGCCAAGAUUUGGGAUCCAGAACAAAUACUCCAAUUGUGGCACCGAGUACUAGACGCACAGAGUGACGCGUUCUUAAAGUCACAGGACCGAUCCAACACGACCGUCUUUUCAGAGACAUUGUGGCGCGAGUACAUUGACUUUGUUCAAUCCUAUUUCAAGGGAUUCACAGUGACACACACGAGAACUAUCUAUCUCAACGCCAUCAAACGAAUGCUAGCUAAACGAAGAUCACUCAAACCCAAGGAAAAGGGGUUCGACGAACAGGUUGGAUUGGUCGAACGCGCCAUACUUGUGAUCGUGUCUCAAUGGACUCGAUUUGAACGACAGGCUGGAUACAGCGAGCGCGCUAUUGGCAUCUACCAGUCACUGAUCGAAUUCAAUCUAUUCAUGCCACACAAGCUAUCAACACAGCCCCAGAACACCAUCAUAGCCAAUUUUAAAACUUUUUGGGAUAGUGAUCAACCAAGAAUCGGUGAAGUGGAUGCUGUUGGUUGGAGCAAUACCAAGUUGGACGCAGAGUUAGAUAAUAUGACACUGGAAGAAAUGGAGAAACUUUUAGCACAACAAGAGCAAGAUGAACUAGACCAAGAAGAAAAAGAAAAAGAAAAGGAAAAACAACAUUAUAAAAAAGCAUCCGACUUUUUCUUUGAUCUUCCUCCUCGUUCACCAAAAGAUAUGGAUAUGAAUCAAGAACAAGAAGAACAAGAACAACUCAUAGAAGAAGAAAAAGAAAAAGAAAAAGAAGAAAUUGAAAUUGAAAAUAGACAAAUGGAAUUGAUUGAAAUUAAACAAGAACAAGAACAACAAGAACAAAUACAAGUAAAACAAGAAAAAGAAAUUCAAUCAAAUAAUAACAAUAAUAAUAUAAAGAUAAAAGAGGAACAACAACAACAAGAGACGAUAUCGAUAAUAGAGAAAUAUGAUGGACCAUAUUCAGAAUGGAUAUAUAAAGAAAUGACCAAAGAAUCAAAGGAAUGGUUACCAAGUAAACUAUUAGAUGAUGUUGAAAUGGAUGAUGAUGAAAAGAAUCAAUCAAAAGAAGAAGGAGAUGAUGAUACAGAGAGAAUAGUAUUAUUUAAUGAUAUAAAGGAUAUUCUGUUUCGUAUUGUCCGAGAAGAUUAUAAAUUGGAAUUGGUGUACCAGUUUUUAGAUUUUCUUGGCGUUGCAAGAGACGAAACUGUACAAAUGUCCAUUCUACCUAGAUAUUCAUUUGACAAUCCUCUUCGUAGAGAAUCUUCAAAUUCAAUUGAAGAUAAUCUAUCAUCUUUAUUUUUAAAUUUGGAACAGAAAUCAUCAUCAUCAUCAUCAUCAUCACAAGUUGAACCAACAUGGUCAAAGGCAUUUAAUAUAUUUAAUCCAAUUAAAUUAUCAAAUGAUAAAUUUGAUUUUAUAGAGAGAAUAUUUAAACAAAGUUUAAAUAGAUUUAAAGGAAAUAUAGAAUUAAUGAUUCAUUAUAUUCAAUUAAAGUCAACUAGGAAUAUAGAUGAAUCUAUACAAUUGUGUAAACAACUAUUGGAACAAAAUAGAAAUGCUGUUAUUCUUUAUGACACCUAUGCAUCGUUGUUGUUGAAACAAGGUAAAAUACAAGAAUCUAAAAAGAUCUAUCAAACAUCGUUGACUAUUGUCAAAUCACAAAUCGACUCGCUUCAACCAUCAUCGACACCACCACUCCUCUUCAAUGGUCAACCACAACAACAACAAAACCAAAUGAAAAAGGAUCUAGAGAUUAUUUAUCGACAAUAUUGUCUUGUUGAAAUGCAAAUCAUCUAUAAUACGGUUACAAAUGAUCCUAGUUUAGUUAAAAAAUUCAUCAAGGCUCGUAAACCAUUUACUGAAAUGUUUACAUUACCCAUUCACAUUCUUUGUUGUUUUAUUGAAAAUCAAUUCCAACCAUUCUCUAUUAAAUCAACUCCCAUUACAUCAAGUAGAUUAUUAAUUUGUCAAAAGAAUUUUGAAAGUCAAUUUAAAGAAUAUUUUAAUGAUAAUUCUUCUACUUUUAUAGUAUCAAUUAAUUUUAUAAUCAAUUAUUGUAUAUUUCAAUUAUUGACAAAAGAUUUGGAUAGUUGUUUAGAAAUAUUUAAUCGAUCGCUACCACUAUUUAACAAUAGUGACAAUGACAAUAGUAGGAGUAGAGAAGGAUUAGUAAUUUAUUUGGUAGAGGUAAUUACAAAGUAUGGUCCUAUUAUUGGAUCGGCACCUUUUAAAAUCAAGAAUACCAUUUUUGGAGUAUUGAAUGAUUACUAUGAUCAUCCAAUACUGUUGUCAUCAUUUUUGAAUUGGGAGUCAAAGAGUGGAGUGAUUAAUAGAGCUCGUCAAUACUUUGACCUCAAGACAGUGUCGACACCAUCCACCACACUUUGGCUCUACUCUAUCGAAUGUGAUAGACAUCGUAUUGGAGCAGGUACAAGAAUCAAAUCGAUAUUUGAACGUGCCAUUGAAUCCGACACUCAAUCAAAACACUCUAUUGUAUUGUGGCGACUCUACAUACUAUUUGAAUUCUAUCGUAACCGUCAUCGUGCCUCCAAAUCACUCUACUAUCGAGCCAUCAGAGCAUUACCUUGGGCCAAAACCAUUUGGCAAUUAGCAUUUACAAAAUUAUCAAAUCUAUUCAAUUUGAAUGAAUUAAAUGAUAUCAUUCAAUUAAUGAAAGAAAAGGAAAUAAGAUUAAGAAUCACUACUACUACUAUAUCUCCAACUCAAACUCAAACUCAAUAA